CUUGGCGCGUUCUGUGAGGGGAGGGGGAGUAGCAGAAUGGAGUAGCAGCCAGAGAAACCUCGCGCGCGCGUGCGCGCAGAAGGGAGGAGGAGGAGGGUGGGGGCUUGUCGCGCGUGGUGGCUGAGGCUGAGGGUAGGAGCAGCCAGACGCCGCGUUCCUCUCGAGCCCGUUACUGCCUCCCUCUUCCCCCCCCCCCGCUUCUCCUUCUGGGGUGAGGCAGCGAGUGUGCGCAGUCCGCUCCCCCUUCCUCAGCUCCGGGGCGGGGCCGGGCACGGCCGGGCAAGGGGGCGAUGCCGACUCAGCGAGAGAGCGGCAGCAACAGCGGCGGCGGGAACGGCAUGUCUCACCCGGGUUUGGGUGGCGGAGGCGGCAGCGGCGGUCUUGGUGGCCCGGGCGGGGACGGCGCCCACCAGGUCCGCGUCAAGGCGUAUUAUAAGGGGGACAUUAUGAUAACCUAUUUUGAACCAUCCAUCUCCUUUGAGGGACUGUGCAAUGAAGUUCGAGAUAUGUGCGCCUUUGAUAAUGAACAGCUUUUCACCAUGAAAUGGAUUGACGAAGAAGGAGAUCCGUGUACUGUCUCUUCUCAGCUUGAGUUGGAAGAAGCUUUUCGUCUGUAUGAACUAAACAAGGAUUCUGAACUUCUAAUACAUGUGUUUCCUUGUGUACCAGAACGGCCUGGAAUGCCCUGUCCUGGAGAAGAUAAGUCUAUUUAUCGUCGAGGUGCACGGCGAUGGCGAAAGCUCUACUGUGCAAAUGGUCAUACAUUCCAAGCUAAGCGAUUUAACAGAAGAGCUCAUUGUGCCAUUUGUACUGACCGAAUAUGGGGAUUGGGGCGCCAGGGAUAUAAAUGCAUCAAUUGUAAACUCCUCGUUCACAAAAAAUGUCACAAACUUGUCAGCAUAGAAUGUGGCCGGCAUGCAAUACCACCUGAGUCUAUGGAUCAGUCAUCAGUUCAUCAUGAUAACAUAGAACCAGUGAUUUCAUAUCCUUCAAGUCAUGAAAGUUUGGACCAUGUUGGUGAAGAGAAGGAGGCAACAAGUAUUAGAGAAAGUGGCAAAGUAUCCUCCAGUUUGGGUCUCCAGGACUUUGAUCUACUCCGCGUUAUAGGGAGAGGGAGUUAUGCAAAAGUACUCCUCGUUCGGUUAAAGAAGACAGAGCGCAUUUAUGCAAUGAAAGUUGUGAAAAAAGAACUUGUCAAUGAUGAUGAGGAUAUUGAUUGGGUUCAGACAGAAAAACAUGUCUUUGAGCAGGCUUCAAAUCAUCCUUUCCUUGUUGGGCUUCACUCCUGUUUCCAAACAGAAAGCAGACUAUUUUUUGUUAUAGAGUAUGUAAAUGGAGGGGAUCUCAUGUUUCAUAUGCAGCGCCAGAGGAAAUUGCCAGAAGAGCAUGCUAGGUUUUACUCAGCAGAAAUCAGUUUAGCAUUAAAUUACCUUCAUGAACGAGGAAUUAUAUACAGGGAUUUGAAACUAGACAACGUAUUGCUGGAUUCUGAAGGACAUAUUAAACUGACUGACUAUGGCAUGUGCAAGGAAGGAUUAAGGCCUGGAGACACAACCAGCACUUUCUGUGGCACUCCCAACUAUAUUGCUCCUGAGAUCUUACGUGGAGAAGACUAUGGAUUUAGUGUGGAUUGGUGGGCUUUAGGUGUACUGAUGUUUGAAAUGAUGGCAGGCAGAUCACCAUUUGAUAUUGUUGGAAGCUCUGAUAACCCUGAUCAAAACACAGAAGAUUACCUUUUUCAAGUUAUUUUGGAGAAGCAAAUUCGUAUCCCACGAUCUCUUUCCGUGAAGGCAGCAAGUGUUCUAAAAAGCUUUCUUAACAAGGAUCCAAAAGAACGCUUAGGAUGCCAUCCUCAGACAGGGUUUGCGGACAUUCAGGGACAUCCAUUUUUUCGUAAUGUUGAUUGGGAUAUGAUGGAACAAAAACAGGUGGUUCCUCCAUUUAAACCAAACAUAUCUGGAGAAUUUGGUCUGGACAAUUUCGAUUCCCAGUUCACUAAUGAGCCUGUUCAACUCACUCCCGAUGAUGAUGAUAUUGUGAAGAAGAUUGACCAGUCUGAGUUUGAAGGCUUCGAAUAUAUCAAUCCUCUUCUGAUGUCUGCUGAAGAAUGUGUCUGAUUGCCCACUUGUGAACAGUGCCAUUUGUUCCUGAUCUGUGUUUCUGCAUGGAUGAAGGGUGUGCUGUUGGGAUACAAUUGAUAAAAUGCAUUUACUUCUGUCAUCUGCCAUCUAAUAUGAACUAUUGAAUAACUUUUCUAUAAGCGGAAUGCUGUUGUUGGACUACAAGGAAAUCCAAAACACUACAACAGAUUUUGCCAAAGUUUAACUCUAAUGCUGAGACAACCUUUUGCCGUAUAGGUUGCAUAAUGUGAAGUAGUGGAUAUUGUUCGCAACUCUGCAUAAAAUGUAGUGCAGUACUAUGUUCAAAGAAGUCCUGUUAAAGAGCACCUGUUACAUUACGGCUCAUAAUGAAGCAAGAACUGGAAGUUAUAUGUUCACCUUUAAGACUGAAAGCCGAGUCUAGUGAUUUGGAGAGGAUUGUAGCAUCAUGCAUAUCCUCUUCCCUCUACCUGUAGUCAGCUUUGCAUGUAAUCAUUGGCAACCCAGAUUAAAAUGAGCACAGGUAUAUUCCCAAAUUCACUUUGAGAACCCUAAGUUUAGAAGUGUACCUAAGUUGCAGAUUAAACGUAUGACACUGAAACCAGACAGAAGGGGAAUUCAUGCAUAAUUCACAUAAUUCCUAAACUGGGCUCAACAUUAACUGUUACCCAAGUUUAUCUUCCAUGUUAGGAUUUCUAGAACUACAAUCCUAUGCACGCACAUUUAGGAGUAAGCACCAUUUAACUCAAUAGGACCUGAUUCCAAGUCAACAUGCAUAAGAUUGCGCUGAUUCUUGCAACUUGUGAUUCUUUCUCUUUAAAAAAUUUAUACAUCUCAGCCUUGAUGAAAUUGGUACAGCAUUUACUUUAACCAUGGGUAGAGCCAAGGACAGUAGGUACUUUCUGGGCAAUGGAGAUCAUGGUUCUCUUGAACAGAUUUUCUUAAGCACCAUGUAAAUAGGCUUGAGUACAUGCUUUUCAUUGUUAACUAAGAUCCUUUGGUACACAUCCAUCGCUGUGUAAAUGAGUGCCUUCCUGAGCCUGGCCUUUCAGAAAGGGCUAAUGAGAUGUGUUCAUUAAAAUGAAAAUAACCCAGUGGUUGGAAAUGUUAAGCAAACAAUAGUACUUGGCACAAAUAGGCAGCUGAUGUUCACAGAAUAAAACCUCAUGCCAUUUUUCUGCAUAAUCUUGUUGAGGUAGGCCAGCAGUUAUUUUCACGAUAGAUUCAAACAGCUAGUAGUCUUGUCUUGUGGUUAUAAAGUUUGAAAAUAAUUCUAGUAUACCAAUGUGAAACUAACACUUGAGAUCUUCUCAUGAUGUUUGCCAAGAUGUCCUUAAUGGAGCCACAUUCAUUAAGACAGUGCAAAAAUAAAUGUAAAGUUCAAACCAACUCGGUGACUGUGAAAAUGCAAGUUCUAAAGGUGACUAAUAUAACAUACAAAGUACAAUUUGUGUGCUGCAUUAUAAAAUUCAAGGAGCUGGCUAACUAGAUGUGCCAGCUUUGUAUACUGCUUGAUUUUAAAAUGCUGAUGAAAAGAAGGGAUUUUGUUUGUUUUAAAUGUUUGAUGCAAAACUGCUUAAUAUAGUUUGGGUGGGCUUAACUGAAUAAUCCCAGACCAAGCAUAUCAUAGUUAGCCUUCUAUGAUAACUAAAUGGCAGGGGGAGAGUUAAGUCCACUUAAAAUCUAUGGUACAUUUGUGCAUAAAGACUACAAAAUUACCUGUUUAAAUAGUACAAGUUACCUUCAUUGUACUUUUAAAAUGCUAAUAUGUUGAAGCGGUGGAGUUGAUCCAACUUGGUACUUGCCCUUACUACUUGAGUUUGCUCCUGUCAGUUGCAGGGUACACUUAAAAAUACCAACUAUGCUAUGUUUUAGAUCUGACUAGUCAUCUUUGGGUUUAAAUCCUUCCUGCCCCCAGCACCCUUCUUAGAUGUGUGUAUGUGCUAUUAUUUACCCUCUCACUUUUCAAAGUCCCUUUCUAAAGUGUCUGAAAUUGGUCUACUAACAGUGGCUUCACUUCAUAAGCUGCACGGUACAACAUGGCUUUACAACAGAGGUACGUUUUCUGACUCCUACAACUGUAGAGAGUAAAAUUCUCACAUCCAAGAUUUUUCUGAUUCCAAGCACAAUAGCAAUGGACUUCGGAUGUUACAAUGUGCUUUCCCCCCUCUUGUGUAUCUGUGUGUAAUACACAUUCUGUGUUGUAGUGUCACCUCUUGCAGAGAUUUGAGUGAUAUGUUGAAAUGAAUUUUUUAAAUGUGUUUCAAGGAAGUGCCAUGGUAUUAAAUUGUUAAUAUUUUUUAAUAUUAUGUCAAAUGUUUAGAUACUGUCUUAAAAUAUUGAACAGGGAAUUCAGUCACGGACAGAUAAUGCAGCAUGAUAUUUGGGGAAUUAUCUUAUUUUAAUAUAAAAAUUGAACUGGUGAGUUCUUCAUCUUGUAUUGUGCGUGGUUUUCUUCAUAUUACAGUCUUGAAUAUUGUGUAAUCUCUUAUGUUUCUGCACAUUUUUUUUACUUUCUAUUUUAAGUUUCACAAUAAAAUUCAGCAGGGCUUUUUGUUUAA